AUGAGUGUGAUGCUAUGUUUUGCCAUGGUUUACUUCAUGGUGAGGCCUGGAGAAGCCGUUCAAUGUGGCCAAGUCGCAGCGUCUUUAGCCCCUUGCAAGCCUUACUUGGAGGCUGCUGGGCAAAAUCCUUCAACUGCAUGCUGUGAUGGGGUGAGAAAUAUAAAGGCAAUCACUCCAACAACUGCAGAUAGACAAGAAGCUUGUGAAUGUGUGAAGUCGGCUGCUGCUAAACAUCCAGAUAUCAAUCAAGAUGUAGCUUCAUCUCUCCCUGGAAAAUGA